CGUAAAGUAAACAAUAGGGAAUCAGAGAAAACUAAUACGGAGAACACUACUGUAAUCAUUAUCCAUCAUUAUCUAUUAAUCGAAGAGCGAUGGUGUACUAAGAGAUCAAACGUCACGUUGUGGAGGACUAAAUAAUUGAGAAAAUUCUUCAAGAAAAUGAAUAAUCAAGCAUUCAGUUUGGCGGAGAGGCUCAUACCUUCAACUUAUGUACAACAAGGUUUAAAUGCCAAAAAAUCUCGUGAAAACCUUAUACGACAUUUUAUUGAACAUCGAAAAUGGCCAGAAGAAGGUUGGGACGAUGCCACGAUAGAAGCGUUUCUAUCGGAUCUAUCGCAAAUGGAUAGCAAUAAUUUUCCCUCAAACUGUAGCGUUGGUGAACGCGAAGCGAGAAUUGUAUCAAAUAUUGUCGCAAGAAGACAUUUUCGUAUGGGACAUGGCAUAGGUAGAUCCGGUGAUUUGGAAGAAGUACAACCCAAAGCUGCUGGUAGCAGUUUAAUGUAUAAAUUAACAAAUUCUUUAGUGCUUGAAGUUAUACGAUAUAUGGGUAAGCGAAAUAUGUGGAAAGAUAUAUUUAUCAAGAAGGAUAUUUCAGACAUAUAUUUAACUGCAUAG